AUGCCUGUGCUUGCACUCCCUGCUAUUCCUGCGUCCUAUGGUGGCAUUUACAUCGGCAGUUACUCCACAAUAGUGGGGCGACCUGUCUGCGAGACGGCAGGACGUGCUUUCUUCGAGGUUUACGAGCGCAAGCAUUUGUUACCGUCACAGGGUUCGGUUGACUCUCCGGUCGCCCCGGAUAGCAAUUCGAGUGCGGCUGCGGAGGAGACGGAGGCCGAGCGGAAGCGGAAAAAUUACCGAGAGAACAGUUCCAUCGCGAUGCGCGUGCGGCAGGCUCUGGAGGACCGGGCGGAUUUGUACCAGUUGUGCUGUGUUUCUCCAUAUGCGAGUGCUGAGGACAUCAAGAAACAGUUCCGGAAAUUGGCCCUGAUUUUCCAUCCGGACAAGAGCGCCGGUGCUCCGUCAGUGAAUGCCGAUCAGGUGGGUAUAGAAGGGUUACCUGACGUGUCCAAAAUGACGGCCGACGACUUGCAUGAGCAUUUUCUCAAGGUGCAUAACGCCUUCGAGAUUCUCUCGGACCAGGCCAUGCGCCGGCAGUACGACAGCCACUUGCCAUUUGACGACAGAUUACCUUCGGAGCUAGACAUUUCCACGGCCCCCGAUUUUUUCGGCAUUUGCGGCCCCGCCUUCGAUAAGGAGUCUCGCUGGUGCGUAGGUCAACCACCGGCCCUUGGAGACAUGCAGACACCUUUGGAGGAGGUGAAGGAAUUUUACAAGUUCUGGUCCAAUUACGAGUCGUGGCGCGACUUCAGCAACGCAACUGAGUUCAACUUGGAAGAGGCGCAAGAUAAGGAAGAAAAGAAGUGGAUGCAGAAGGAGAACUGGAAGGUAGUUAAGGGCUUGCUCAAAGCCGAACGGCAGCGUGUAUUAAAGUUCGUGACUACCGCUGAGGCGCAGGACCCACGUCUGAAGGAGGCCCGAGAGAAAGCUCGUGUUGCCAAGUUGGAAGCGUCCAUGAAAAAAAUGACGCCAGCUCAACGUGCGCGGCUCCAGGCCGAAGAGAAGGUCAAGGCGGCCCGCGCAAAGGCCAAGGCCCUACAGGACCAGAAGGCACUCAUUAUGAAGCGACGCACUAUCCUAGUUGAGUCGAAGAAAACCAUCCGGGUAGCCUACAACAAAUGGAUUGUGGAGAAGCAACAGAAAUCCGAUGAUGUCGAAAACAAAGUGGAGCAACUUCUCGCCCUGGAUGCACCCGACCAACUGGAGGAAAUUGCCUUCAAGCUCAAUAGCACUAUCAAGUCGUUCAAGGAACCAUGCGACGCUGGCGCUAGAGAGCUCAAAGAAAUUCUGCUUGCCGCUCCACUUAACCCCUCCACCUAG